GCCCAGAGUAAAGUAGAUAAAGAAGUAAAAGAGCAAUUGCCUAAAGAGAUUAAUGAUACUACACGUUGGAAACAAACAGAAAGAGCCCGAAAAAUAUAUGAGCUUUUCAUUGAAAUUGGUGUUGAUAAAAUGCAACGGGUUAAAUCUUAUUCGGCACUAAGAAUUUCAAAAUUAA